AACGGGAGCCAGCCGGACGAGCCACACAACAGAACGCAUGCGUGGGUUCCGGGCGCGCAGGGCUCGGCGCUGCUGCGCUCCUUCUACGUGCUCACGGGCCUCUGUGGCCUGGCGGCGCUCUACUUCCUCAUCCGGGCAUUCAGGUUGAAGAAACCACAACGGAGAAGGUAUGGGCUCCUGGCCAACACCGAGGACCCCACUGAGAUGGCCUCACUGGACAGUGGUGAUGAGGAGACGGUCUUUGAGACAAGGAACCUGAGAUGAUGCUGAAGGGGGCAGGCGUUCUCAUGGGCCACAGGGGAAGGGCAAGAGACAGUGCAGCUCUGUCCUCAGGCUUUGGUGUCACCCAGCACUCUGGUCGGAGCCUGCGCAGCCUGUCCAAAGCCUGCUUGAUCCCAACCUGGACAACAGGGCCUUACCUCCCCAGAUGCUGCCUUAGCCUGGCAAAAGGAAGUAUGUUGAAACCUGGGGGCCCCCAACCACCACCGGGGACUCUUGAGGUCCCCCAGCUUGACUUGUACCACACCCUACACCCUUCUUGCGUGGAGAUGUGGCAGCCCUGUACUGAGGCCUGGUGGGCAGAUGGACUGAGGGAUUGGUCUCAGAGCAUGUUUGUGCUGGGCUGGGGACAAUAAAUGAGGCAUUGGCUAAUGUA